AUGACUGCCAAGGUAUUCGAGCAUCCCUUUGACCUGGUCAAGGUCCGCCUGCAGUCCCAGCAUACCGACCGCCCAUUAGCCUUCACAGGUCCCUUUGACUGCUUCAAGCAGACCUAUAAUCACGAAGGACUGAAAGGGUUAUACAGAGGUAUCUCCAUGCCCAUCCUCGGUGCCGCCGCCGAAAAUGCCACCCUCUUCCUCGUAUACAACAAAUGUCAAGACCUCAUCAUUCGAUUAAACCCUCACCCGACCACGGCGCGUUCGGCGGAUCCGAUGUCGGGGUCUAGGCUGGCGGACGAGGCGCACAUGUCGGAGAAGAAGAAGGGGAAGCGGCGGGAGCUGAGUAACGGGGAGUUAGCUAUGGCUGCUGCGGGUGCGGGUGCCGCUGCUAGCUUUGUCCUCACCCCUAUUGAACUCAUCAAGUGUCGGAUGCAAGUGCAGAUGCUCGCUCGGGAAGAAGUCGCCGUUGCGACGCUCGGCUCCGCCGCCGCUAGCUCCAGCUCCAGCUCAAUACCUCCCGCCCUCCCCAAAACACUACCACCCCUCCAAGGCCCCGUCGCACUCGCUCUCGGCACUCUGCGCGCACACGGAUUCCGCGGUCUCUGGCUCGGUCAGACCGGUACGCUCCUACGGGAAACAGGCGGUUCCGCAGCCUGGUUCACGACCUACGAAGUCGCCGCCAAAUUCUUCAUCGCACGGCGGCAAAAGGCGCUCGAUAGCACCCCCUCGCUCGAGAGGCGGACAUUGACCAAGGGCGACUUGGCAAUGUACGAGCUUAUGAUGUCGGGCGCGAUGGCUGGGGUCAUGUACAACGUGACGCUCUUCCCGGCCGAUAGCGUCAAGUCGGCGGUGCAGACAUGGGCGGAGCUCAAUCCGGAUAAGCCUAGACUGGGAUUCGUGGCGAUGGGGCAGAGGAUAUGGCGGACGAGAGGGCUCAAGGGGCUGUAUGCGGGGUGUGGGUUGACGGUCAUGCGGAGCGCACCGAGCUCGGCGAUGAUCUUCUUGAUCUACGAGACAUUGAUGCAGAAGUACAGCGGGUGGCUGGGGUAG